CUCGUGGUGUGUGUUGCCUUAUUGCUCUGUCAUAAUGUCGACUCCUGUGGUAUCGUCCGGUGGGAAGCCACUGAACGUGCUGAUGAUAGGUCUGGGUAAGCUUGGACUGCCGUUAUGUCGCCGCAUUGCCGCCGCAGGGCACGAUGUUAAUAUUUUCUCAACUAGAGGGAUGGAUCGAGCUCUGAAAUCUUCAGCUGACAUCGGCCUCGGUGCCAAGCCAGUCCCCUCAAUCCGCUCAUGGUUGCAGGCCAAUCGCUCGGUAUCAUCUUUGUACAUGGUCACCUGCGUCCCAACUUCUAACGAGGUGUCCCAGCUCGCUGAUAUUAUUGUUGGUGAUGCUACCAUGCUCGAAGCUCCAUUCGAAGAGGAGAAUCGGUCGAAGCUUCACUGGAUCGACUGUACCAGUGGGUUCCCGCCCCUGACGAAGGCUAUCGCGGAGAAGCUACGUGUCGCCUCAGCUGCAGAUUCUGUUAGUCGCCGAGAAACUGUCUUUACCGACUGUGCAGUCAGUGGUGGCCCUCAUGGAGCCAAAGCUGGUGUAUUGACAUCUAUGGUGGGAUCGCAGAAUCCUUCAGUGGUCGACGAUCAAGAGUCGGGUGUACGUCAGUUGAUAAGUUGCUGGUCCGGUGCUCCUGGUGGUCAUGUAUUCGGCCUUGGACCGGUUGGUAGUGGUCAUGCUGUUAAGUCUGUUAACAAUGCCCUUCUUGCGGCUAAUUUGCUGAUGGGGUCCGAGGCAAUGGUCACCCUAGCGAAGGCUGGAGUGGAUGUUGAAGCGGCACUGAAUGCUAUCGAUACUUCUAGCGGCCGCACAUUUGUCCUACAGGGACGUUUCCAGAAGAAUAUUCUUACUCGCAAGUUCGACUAUGGUUUUAAUAUGGCGGGUCUUCAGAAGGAUGUAGCCAACGCGCUUCAACUCAUGGAGGGUGAGGGUAUCUAUAACCCUAUGUCGGAGUUAGCUCUCAAGCUCGUCAAUGAUGCUUUGGGCAAGUUGGGACCAGAGGCUGAUCAUACCGAGAUCGUGAAAGUCGUUGAAGACGAGAGCAAAGCGCCUGGCUGUGUCAAGGCUCGGAAGGAGGAUUGA